CACCGACCUUUUCCCCAUCAGCUGCACCGACAGCCGGGCCGACAGCAGCACCGACCGCUUCCCCGACAGCAUCACCGACGACUGCACCGACGGAGGCACCGACCGCUUCCCCAACGGCUGCACCAACAGCUGCGCCGACUCUUGCGCCGACUUCUUCGCCGACCGCUGCGCCGACGCCCAGUUCUGUGCACAUGUGGGCGGCCAUUUCGGGCCCGUGCACGUUGGACGGCGCCUGUGUGCAGAGCGCGAACUAUCCACAGGCUUAUAAUAACAACGAGGCGUGCACGAUUGAGAUCGACGCGGAGAACGCAGCACCGAUCGUCGUGGAGGCUUUCAAUGUAGAAUGGUACUUCGACUACAUCGUUAUCGACGGAUGGAAAUAUUACAGCGGAAGUUCGGGUCCGUCUGGAUUCACACCGUCAUCCAGUAUCGUGUGGUCGUCCGAUUUCAGCGUUACGAGGAGUGGAUGGAAAUUUUGCGUACCAGUGUCAACACCUGCACCCCCUCCGACAACAGCACCAACGCCUGCACCGACCUCUGCGCCGACUCCCGCACCGACAGCUGCGCCGACUCUUGCGCCCACUCCUUCGCCAACCGCUGCGCCGACGCCCGGUUCUGCGAGCAUGUGGGGGGCCAUCUCAGGACCGUGCACGUUGGACGGCGCCUGUGUGCAGAAGCGCGAACUAUCCGCAGGCUUAUAA